AUGGAUUAUGGGCAAUUUGGUGAUGUUGUGACUUUCGACACUACUUAUAAGUUAAAUAGUGCACAUAGGUCAUUUGCAUCUUUUGUUGGAUUUAACCAUCAUCGGGAAACUGUUAUAUUUGGCGUAGCUUUAAUGUAUGAUGAGACCGUCAAUUCUUUUAUAUGGAUUUUUAGAAGAUUCUUAAAGGCGAUGUCAAGUAAGGCUCCAAAAAUAAUUUUUACGGAUCAGGAUGUUGUAAUGGCUAAGGCCAUACCUGUUGUACUGCCUAACACAAACCACCGCCUUUGCACUUGGCAUUUGAUGCAAAAUUCAUUAAGGCAUGCAAAUUCUAUCUUCAAGGAUAAGAAGGUCAAGGAUAAGAGGAUGAAGAGUGUUUUAUCCAAAUUUUAUGUACGGAAAAAUGGGGUUGAGGAAAAAUGGGGUUGGCCAUAUGUCAGAAAUGCAUGGGGUGCAGGCAUGAGUAGCAUCCAACUUAAUGAAUCCUUUAAUGCUUUCUUAAAGGAUUUCAUUCAAUCUGAUCGUAACUUAAUGCAAUUUUUCAUGCUUUUUGAUCGAGUUCUUUGUGAGAAGAGGUACAAAGAGUUACAAGCCGAUUAUGCUCUAUGCCAAAAAUUGCCAAGGGUGAAUAUAAAAGUGAAGAUGAUGGAGCAAGCUACAGAUGUUUACACCAAUAAAAUAUAUGCAGAAUUUCAGGAUGAGUAUCUCAAGUCCCUUGAAGUAAACAUUGAAGAAACUGAACAUGCCGGUGAGAGUACCGUGUAUACGGUUCUUGAUAGUGCUGGUGUAAAGGUGAGAAAGGUGAGAGUGGAGUGUGAUGGUUCAUUGACUUGCAAUUGUAGGAAGUUUGAAAUGAAAGGCAUUUUAUGUAGUCAUUGUUUGAAGAUCUUUAGAGACACCCUCAAGUUCAAAAAGAUUCCUUCACAAUAUAUUCUCAAGAGAUGGACUAAAAAAGCAAGAGCUGAAAAUGUGAAAGAUAGGUGUGGGCAUGAUAUUAAGGUUGAUGUAAGAUUGCAUCAAACUUCACGCUAUAGAUCAUUGAUGGCAAUAUUCAGAGCAAUGGCGUAUAGAGCUUCUGAAAGUAAGGAAACAUAUAACUCGACAGUAGAGAAAGUGGAUGAAUUAAUUGCAAUAAUUGAAAGCAUGUUAAGUUCAAAAUGCAAUAUGCCUUUUUCAAAUACUAUUGAACAAGAAAGCCCUUCCAACACAUGCCCCAAAUGCUUUGAACUGGAUGGUGUAGUGGAUACAAAUGUAGUUUAA